CUCUGGCGUACAAGGUGUCCCUACCAUAGAAGAGGUUCCAAUUGUCGAUGAACGCCCAUUCAUUACUCUUACAAUGACUCGCAAGAGAGAGAGAGAGAGAGAGAGAGAGAGAGAGAGAGAGAGAGAGAGAGAGAGAGAGAGAGAGAGAGAGCUACUUGGCUCAUGAUAAGCGUUCUUACUAUCGGAUAUACGACACAAAACCUGCGAUUCAUUGUAAUAACCCUGUGGACAGCCAUUCAGCACCGACUCCCCUCCUCGGCAAGACACCACCACAUACCACAGAGAUCCCUCCCUUGCCCCUAAUCCUAUCCAAAAACUGACUAAACCUCCAAAACAGCUCCUCACUCCUGUCCUUACCAAGGUCAUUCCCUCCUGCGCUGAGAAAAACAGUGGGCUUGGUCCCAUCAUUUUCCAAACAGUGUCUAGCCUGUCAGCUACCUUCCCUAUCCCAGCACCUGGCAAACACACCCUCGACCUGCGCUUCCUUUCUCUGGCACAAAACACACUAAGUGCCUAACCUGGCUAUCACCAAACACAAGCACUCUACCUUGGGGCAGGGUAACUGCGUCUGCCCCUCCUUCUUUUUGUCUCCUCUCGCCACGUCCACCUCUUCCUCCGUCACUCCCUCCAGCACACUAAAAAGGUUCCUCGUCUCCAUGCAAGACACCUUGAGGACCUUCAGCCUCUUGGCGCUCCUGCACACAACCGACCACUGCUCCUCCGUCACCUUAUUAGGAAAAGUGACGGUAGGGCACGACCCUCUCACAGGUGCUGAUAUCCUCUCACAGAACUCGGCAUGCAGGUCUGAGAUCCUCUCACGAAACUCAGCCUGCACCUUCGAGAUCCUUCGAUGAAACUCCACCUCUGAGAUCUUCGCAACGAAGGCCUCGAGAACAAGCGAACUAACACAACCAGACGACUCAGCAAUACAAGGCGCCAUGUCUACACAAGCCAGCUAUAGCGUCAGGUCACUGCUCACUAAACACAUGAAGGUGGUGACGCUGUGCGUGCUGGCUUUUGCCCUGGCGGAUAUCGCCGCUGGGGACCUGCCGUCCCCUGACAGAUCCUACAAAAUUCUCGUUCUUAUUCCUGUGGCGUUUAAGAGUCACAGAAAUGUGUUCUUACCCCUGGUUGAGUCCCUCGCUGACCGUGGACACAAGAUAGUGAUGCUCGUCUCUUUACCACCAGUCUUCAAACAUCCAAAUGUGACAGAGAUAAACUUUGAGGUACCCAUACCACACAUUAAUUUUUUUGUGGAAGGCAAAUUUCUUGGAAGUUUGCCUGCUGUGGGGGAAAAACUUCCUAAGAUGGCGCGGGACUUGUACCAGUUACCAUCUGUGAAGAUGCUUUAUGAAAAAAGAAAAGAAUUUGAUCUCAUAAUAGUGGAUCAUAUGUUCAAUGAGGUCGGUUACCCAUUCCUGCACGAGGUCCCUUUCAUCACUAUCGCCACGCCCGGGAUGGAUUACCGCCAGAGUGCUUUCUUGGGCAACGUCCUCAACCCCUCCUACGCCCCUCACUUGCUUCACAGCUUUCCCCUUCCCUUGUCUCUGUGGCAGCGUAUCAAGAACACCUUCAUGCACAUCUAUUUGGCAAUCUUUUGGAGGAGCUGGGCAGUUGUACCGCUGAUUCAGAAAGAGAUCUCAGCUCAGUUCCCUGACCUGCCACCGCUGCUGGACAUCGAGAGGAACCAGAGUCUGACACUGAUGAACACUCACUUCACCAUUACCACACCGGUGCCCCUCCUGCCCUCACAGGUGGAGGUGGGGGCUAUGCACUGCCGCCCCGGCGAGCCUCUGCCGCAGGAUUUGGAGUCGUGGCUUACAGGGGCAGGCUCUACGGGCGUCAUUUACUUCAGUCUGGGAUCAGUCUUGCGUGGUGAAAUACCCCCGGAAUACCUUCAAUUCUUCCUGGAGGCUUUCCAAAGACUGCCGCAACGGGUACUGUGGAAGUACGAGGGGCAGCUGCAGGGCGCGUCCGACAACGUCAGGAUCAGCAGCUGGUUCCCCCAGCAGGACAUCCUCGCUCACCACAACGUGAAAGUCUUCAUCUCCCAUGGCGGCCUCCUCAGCCUUCAGGAGUCUAUCUUUCAUGAAAAGCCCCUCCUUGUCUUGCCCAUCUUCGGUGACCAGCCUAGGAAUGGCAUGGUCGUGGAAAACUCGAAUAUUGGUCGUGUCUUGGUGUGGGAGGAACUUACUGCCGACAGGAUCGUUGACGCCCUCAAUGACAUCAUCAACAACCCGAUGUACAAAGAGAACGUGGCCAGGAUGUCGGCGUCCUUAAGGGAUCAACCGAUGACGCCAAAGGAGCGUGCGGUUUUCUGGACAGAGUAUGUCGUCCGCCACCGAGGGGCGCCCCAGCUGAGGUGCCCGGCCGCCCAGCUCUCCUGGGUGGAGUUCCUGAUGCUGGACGUGAUAGGUCUCCUGCUGCUGGCCCUGCUGCUGCUGCUACUUCUCAUCCGUCGACUCCUGAGGGCAGUUUCCGCGACCCUCCUUGGUAGCAGCGCCAAAAGGAAGAAAGACUAAGGAUCACGAAAAUUGAUUUCAUGCAAUAUGUGAUUUGCUUGCUAGGGUUGUGGUAUUUGUUGCAACAGUACAUGAUGAUGGCAGGCCAGGUAUUGUCAUAUGUAUGUUUCGAGCUCUAGUUUUUUUUUCCCUCGAGCUUCAUUUUUUUCCAUGAACUUUUUAAUGCAUGUUGCUUCUGCUUUCUCUGUAUGUGCAAUUGUGCUUAACUGUAAGGAAAGAUUCUCUAGUAUGACUGGUCCGUAACUACACGCCUUGCUUUUUUCUUAAGUGCAUUAAUAAAUUUUAAUUUUCACGAUUCCCAGAGUUAAAUUAAUGGCAACUGUAGUAUGUUACUGUUUCCUCAUUCACUACAUCAUCAAUCUUUAUGUAUGGAACAACGACGACAGCGACAACAACAACAAAAAACAACAACAACCAACAUCAUCACCACCACCACUACUACCACCACCAAGAACAACAACAACAGCAACCACCAAGACCAUGACCACAACAACAACAGGAAGAACACAAACAACGACUACUAUUACUACUACUGCUACCACCACCACCACUACUACUACUACUACUUCUACUACUACUACUACUGCUACUGCUACUACUACUACUACUACUACUAUCUUCACUACGACUACAAGAACAUCAACAACAACUGUUACUAGGAAAACGUCCACCUCCUGCCUGCCCUGUGUGAUAUUUGAAGAUGCAAGAUAGUCAUGAAAAUCUUCUCUUUUCUCUUUUACAUAACUUUUUAUGCGAGUAGACAUGUUUAAUUUAAAGCCUAACUUCAUAAUGGAUGGACAUAAUGAUUAUAAGUUACGUGAUGUAUAACCCAUAAAAUUUUAUUAACUUAUA